ACUAGGGAUGUUCUUUAGAAGAAAUAUAGCAUGAUCCUAAGAAUAUUCUCACUGGAAGGUUUAAAAAAUAUUCUUAGAACAUGACUAGAAGAAAUAUAGCAUGAUCCUAAGAAUAUUCCCACUAGAAUGUUUAAAAAACAUUCUUAGAAUAAACUGUGCUAUCAGGGUAAAGAUAUUACCAAACUGUCUAAAAUAAUAAUAAUAAUAAAUUCGUUGAGCAGUAUAUCACUAAAUAUUUGUACGUUCAGUUUAAAGUGUUAAAAUAUAAAUGAAUUGAAAUUUCUCUCUACAUAAAAAAAUAAUUGUUAAUUUUAUAGUAAAUACUUGCGGUUAACAGUUUGUUUUUAGAAUAAUUCACCAAUAUAAAUAGAAAAUCAAUGGAGGAUAUAACGUUAGUAGAAUUAAGUUUACGUGUGCAAUCAUGAGACAGUUUAUUGUAAUAGUUUUUGCAACAUUAUACUCUACUUCUGCACAAAAUAGCAGUUUUUUCAAUAAACCUAAGAGAACACUAAUUGACAUUCAGUCCCCUGGAGAUGCUAAACCUGUAGGGAUAGUCUAUCAUUUACCAGAACCACAAGCUUUAACAUACCAAACUACUGAAGAUCCCAACCUGGGUAAUUUCUACACAAACACACACAAGUUUUUUCCACAAGCUAACUCAGCAAUAAAACCUGUUUUUGAGACUGAAAAGCAGUUAUCAUCCACGAACGUUAAAAACGCCUUUGAGGCACCUAAAGUAGCAGCACAACAUGUUCUAUACGAGUACGAACAAACACCAACCAACGCUGUUUCAAACGUUCAUGUAAAACAUAUCUUUCAACCCGUUAAUAAUAAUAAUAAUAAUAAUAAUAAUGACUUUGCCGAUGAGCAAAAAAAGGAGCAAAACAGCUACAUAGCAUCAGCAGAGACAGUAGUAAGUCCAGUACAACACAGCUCUUUGGUAAACCACGCUCAAAAUUACGCGCAAGUCAACUAUCAUCCAUUGUACAGCGUUCAACCAACGCACAACGUACAGCACCAUGGGGGACACCCGUACGUACCAAGCAGAUACUUAUAUGUCAAUGGUAAAAUUGUUUAUCAGCCUGUUCAUCAACCUCACCAACAACAGAAUGCGCAAAGAAAUCACUUUUAUCAUCAUCCACAUCAUCAGCAUCAACCGAGUUUGCCAUUAUAUCAAAAUAGGCAGCAGCAAAAUAUUCCGUUGGUAAAUCAUAGGCCCGUUCAGAAGUUAACGCCACCUCCUGUGAGUUUUUCGAACUUUCAUCCACCAGCCAGAAGUGAGAUGCAAAGGAUUACGAAUCCAGUGACUCCAAAGAGCGUGGAGGUUGAAGAAAAUCAGGAGGUGGAGGAAGAUGAUAAAGAGGAAGUCAGGGAUGAUAAAGAGGAAGAAGUCGAAGAGAAUGACGAUGAUGAUGAUAGAAGAUCUAAUCUUGAAGAAGGCGAAGAAGCAGAGGAAGAUGAUGAAAAGCAUGAUAAAUAUCAUCAUUUGUUUGGAAAAUACUCAUUCGAGAAUGAAGAUGAUGAAGACGAUCACCAAGGCUACAGAACCCGUGAAGAAGCCAACGAAGAAGAAGAGGAAGAUGACGAAGACAACGACAGAAGAUCAUCGAAACACGUUUCGUCAAAAACGAAGAAACCAAAUAAAAAAUCAUUAAAAAAAUCCAAAAGCAACGAUAAAGAUAACUACAGUUACAGUGAAGCUUACAUGACCAGCAGCAAAUACGAGCAGAAGCCAAAAAAAAGCAAGAAUGCGAAGAGUAAACCCAAGAGGUAUUACAGGAAAGUUAAAAAUUCUUCAGAUUCCAGGGGUAAACCAAAGUAUGAGGCAAUUGAAGGCAAAUCGUCGCAACAAGUCCCCAUAACCCACGAACAUAAAUUUGUGAAAGAAAAGUUUUACAUAACCAAAAGUUUCAAUGAUGGUUUUGAGAAAAACUAAUAGUUUUUAGUUAAUAUUUGUUAAUUAAUUUUAUGUUUUUGUUAAAAAUA